CUGAGGUGGUGCCGGCGGCAGCUUUCAGGGCAAAUCCGUUUGGAUCACUUGGACGCUAAGGCUCUAGGACCAGCGCGGCCGGAGCACCGAGCCACACCUUCAAAGUACUGUCGCGCGAGUGCGCGCGCGCGCGUGGGGACCAGGCCCCCCUAUAGGGCCACCGGGCGCACCUUGAACUUUCAGCCAUGGGGUCGGCAGCGCUGGAAAUCCUGGGUCUGGUGCUGUGCCUGGUGGGCUGGGUGGGUCUGAUCCUGGCGUGCGGGCUGCCCAUGUGGCAGGUGACCGCUUUCCUGGACCACAACAUCGUGACAGCGCAGACCACCUGGAAGGGGCUGUGGAUGUCGUGCGUGGUGCAGAGCACCGGGCACAUGCAGUGUAAGGUGUACGAGUCGGUGCUGGCGCUGAGCCCCGAGGUGCAGGCGGCGCGGGCGCUCACGGUGGGCGCGGUGCUGCUGGCGCUGGUGGCCCUGUUCUUAACCCUGACCGGCGCGCAAUGCACCACCUGCGUGGCCCCGGGCCCGACCAAGGCGCGCGUGGCGCUCACCGGCGGCGCGCUGUACGCCCUGUGCGGGCUGCUGGCACUCGUACCCCUCUGCUGGUUCGCCAACAUCGUGGUCCGUGAGUUCUACGACCCCACGGUGCCGGUGUCCCAGAAGUACGAGCUGGGCGCGGCGCUGUACAUUGGCUGGGCGGCGUCAGCGCUGCUCAUGUGCGGCGGCGGUCUCGUGUGCUGCGGCGCCUGGGUCUGUGCCGGCCGGCCGGAUCUCAGCCUCCCGGUCAAGUACUCCGUUCCGCGGAGACCCACGGCCAGCGGCGACUACGACAAGAAGAACUACGUGUAAGAGUGCCGAGUACCGCGGGGGCCAUGUCCCCGUAGCCAAGCCUGUGCGCGGGAGGAUCGUCCCGGGAAGCCGCGCUUGCGCAGGACUCGGAGGGAUGCUAGGCUUGGCGCACCGACCAGACCGGCCCGCGCCCGAAGCUCUCGGAAACUCAGAGCCCAGCCUCAAACCCAGGCGGACUUGAGGACUCAAUCUGGUUUUGUUGCUUGUUUUUCACGCAGCGCUGGUUAGGGCAUAGGAGGGGCUCUCAGAUUGUCUGCGAGUGGGCACUAGAUUGCCAAUGCCAAUUCCUACCCAAGAUCUGGAGGAUCUUGGAUACUGCCUUACUUUCCAUCCGCUCCUGCUGAUCUAGGAGGGGGCAGAUAGGAGAGUCGGAGAUCCCCAGGCAGGGUUGCCGGAGGUGUGUGUGUAAACUGUGUUUCCUUCUCAGCGGGGGCCUAAACCCAAGGAACCAAAGAAAUUGGCCUGGAUUUCCUUGCCUCCCUCACCAGUAGUCCCCGUGCCCCACCCCCCAUCUCCUCUUGUGGGCACCAGAGCCUGAACAUGGGGUCCUUGCAACUUGGGGGCGGGGCGGGGAGAUUAAGAAUUUGCUUAGUAAAUGGUUUGAACACUC